CUUCAGCCGGGUGACCGCGCGCACACUGAGCCUCUCCUCCUCUCGCGGCAGACUCUUUCAGCGUUUUUGCCUCCUCCUCCGGUGAUCCCAUCUCCACGUUUCCCUCCCGAUCCAUGCAUUUGUCAGUCGCUUCCACUGCCCAUCUCUCGGCCAUGUCGCUGAAGGCGCAGACCAGCAACGUGACCAACAAGACGGACCCAAAGUCCAUCAACUCCCGCGUGUUCAUCGGCAACCUGAACACUGCAGUGGUAAAGAAGUCGGACGUGGAGACCAUCUUCUCGAAGUACGGCCGGGUGCUUGGCUGCUCCGUGCACAAGGGCUACGCCUUCAUCCAGUACGCCAGCGAGAGGCACGCCCGGGGGGCCGUGAUCGGGGAGAAUGGCAGGGUGCUGGCCGGACAGACACUGGAUAUCAACAUGGCUGGAGAACCGAGACCGAGCAGACCCACAAUCCUGAAGCGAUCAGCAGCUUCUCUCUACAGUGGCUAUGAGUUUGACUAUGAUUACUACAGAGAAGACUUCUAUGACAGGUUGUUUGAGUACCAUGGCCGGGUGUCUCCGGUCCCUCGGGUGGUGCCUGUGAAACGACCAAGAUUAACGAUGCCUCUGGUACGACGGGUCAAAUCCCUGCCAGUCAAACUGCUGGCCCGUAAAGCAGGUGUUCUCCCCACCAGUAACGGUAUCAAACAGAAAUCAGUGAGAGGUGCAGAGCUUCAGGCGAUCAAGUCAGAGCUGACUCAGAUUAAAGGAAACAUUGAAUCGCUGCUGGGCAGACUGGAGCAGAUCACAGAAGACAAACACAUCCCCGCCACAGAGCUGAGGAAGGCCGAGGAGUGUAAGAGCGAGGAGGCGUGGCAGGAAGAGGAGGAGUCGAGCUCAGAGCUGGAGGAAGGAGAGGAGCACAGACAGAACAGUGAAGCUGAAGAGGAGGAGGAAGACGAGGAGGAGGAGGGAGAGCACACACAGAACAACAACCACAACCACAUGCCGGAGAUCGGUCGCCUAUCAGAGAUGCACUCCAUUCACCCAUGAGAGUGAAGUUGGACUGUGGAGGAAAAGACAUACGGAGAGAGAGAGAGGAACUCAAAAACAGCACAGGAGGCCAUCAAACAGCAGGGAGCUGGACACACACACACACACACACACACACACACACACACUACCGUAAAACAGACAGAAGAAAGACAGACUUGACACUUUGUCAGAGCCACAGGAAAACACUUAAACAGCGGGGUACUGCCAGAUCACUCAAUAAAGUGAUGAAUUACACACAGUAAAACACACAUAGACGAAAAAACACACAGUGAUGGAGACAGACUCAACGCUGUGUCAGAGCCACAGGGAGAUAGUUAAACAGCAGGCUGCUGUCAAAACAUUUUGAG